AGAAUCUGGAAAACUCGGGAUCCCGUCCGCUCUCCCCUUGAUAAACCGGAUAUCGCCGGAUUAGUAGUUGGGUCGGUGACGACCAGCGAAUCCCCGGUGUUGUAUGUUUUUCUUUUUUCUUUCUUCUCUUACCUCUUUUCUGCUAUCCUUGAGUACUGGACCCUCAGUUUUCAUCUUUGUAUGUCGAAUAUUGAAUUCGUACGACAUUAACGUAUAUAAACCUCCCAUGUUUAGGAACAGCUUGAUCUUGUUUAAACAUAAAGGAGUAUGUACCGGUCUUCGGUCGGGAUUCUAUUGGUCGAAGAUAGUCAGGGAUCAUAGAGUUUGUCCUUCCCCUUUUAGAGAAAUUCUCCGCCAAGUCCCCGGUUGACGGCAAGCCGUGCGUUCAAUAUAUAGGUAGGUAACAGCUUGUCUGUUUAUAUAAGACUAUCUGCCAGGGCACUUUUAAAUGCAGAAUCCAUCAUGCGUAGGUCCUCGCGGAUCCGGCCACUAUGUGAAAAUGGUCCAUAAUGGCAUCGAGAACGGCAUGCUUUCCACCGUCUGCGAAGCGUGGAAUUCCGAGGGCGAGCUCAAGAACACCUAUUUAAUACAGAUCGGGUCGGAGAUCUGCCAAAGGAAAAAGACCCCUAAAGGUGAUCAGAAAGGAGAAGGAAAAGGAGAGAGCGGGUAUGUCUUGGAUGAUGUUCUUGAUAAAGUCGUGCAGGACGACGAUGGCUCGGAGGGCAAGUGCAUACAGAUCUGGAGAGCUGGUUGUAUCAUCCAAGAAGAUUAUAUCGCCGAUAUGCUCGAACCGAUCCUACUCAACGCGAAAGAGCCCAUCAUGAACAUGAAACUCAUCGACGAGGUAGCUACCGAUUUACAAAAGAACUUCGACGCGCUGAAGCAGAUUACGUUGAAGGCUAUCGAAUGGGACAACUAUGUUCCUUCUAUCAGCGCCAGUCUGGAGUAUGUAAAGUAUGUGAGCUCAAGGAUGCUGGCAACCCAGUUCAUGGAGGCGGAGAUGGAUUUCUUCAGUGCACACGCUUACGACAGGCCGAAUGUGAUAGGAGAGGAUCCUGGAAAGCCUUCAAAAGGGGCUCACCACUACGAAUGGCGUCCUGCUUGA